AUGCAGUCGGAGAAUCGCGGACGUGGAGGUGGAGGAAGAGGACGGGGACGUGGUGAUCGAGAGUCGGGCCGUGGUGCUGGUCGUGGGUCGUAUCGGGAUGGAGGGUCUGAACGAGGACCUCCUUCGAGUUCCCGUGACGAAAGGGAGUCCAAUAAUAGAGGAAGAGGUGGAUACCGUGGUGGCUCCGACCGGGGAACCUCCAGUAGAGAGGGAAACGAAUCUCGAGGAGGUUACCGUGGAAGAGGAGGUCCUCGUAAUGGUCAGAACAGUUCGUACAGAGGAAGAGGAGGCGAUGGUCACCGUGGUGGGCGAAGCAACAACGACGACAAUCAUGCCAGACCGGUAGAAGCUGUCGGUCGAUGCAACGGAUUGCUCCCGGAUGAUAAAGAGAACAAAGGAAACUCUUCAAACAUGAACCAAAACAACCCGAGGCUUGCAAUCAACAUCUUCGGACUCGAGCUGUCGGAUCGCACCGUCUUUCGUCAUGUCGUUCAAAUGAAACUACUCGAUCAUAAAACCAAGAAGGAUUACAUCCUCACCACCAUGAGUGCCAGAGGUCGUGGAAAUCGUGCGUCCAAGCAGAAGGAUAAUUUCAUUCUUCUUCGAAAACUUCUGGACAAGUGGGCCGGUAGAAAGGGAGGUAAAAAGACGGAUGUCCUUUUUGCGUACGAUGGCGCUCAGUCCUUGUUCACCUUGGAAGGAAUUAGUGAGUUGAUGGUUAUCAAGAAAGAGGACGCUCUUGAAAUUCCUGAAAUCUCGGAGUUUCUGAAAGAUUCCAUCAAAUUUCUUAACGGAGAUUUGGAGAUUACCUGUGAGCCUGAUCUUGAAAAGCCGUCAUUCAAUCAGACUGAAGUUAAUGAGUGGAGUGACCCAAGAUUCUACGCUUACCUGGAUAUCGUCACUUCACAGAGUGCCAUUAGAAGCGGGAAAUAUCUGUCCCAAUCCAAAGGACUGUAUGUGAACACUGGUCACAUGGAAGAGCUCCGUGUGAAGUGGGCGGUAGCCGCGAAAGGAAUACACAAAGGAUGCAGAAUCGUAGGAACCGGACAUCCACUGCCAAUCUUGGAACUUGAUCCACAAUCAACACAAUAUUAUGCCGCGAUCCCACUUAGCCAAAUGAUUCAAUAUGCCUUUCCCAGAGACUUUGUUCCAAACCGCAUGAUCAAUCCCAACAUGAGGCUUCAAAGAGCCGUGAAAUUGCUCUUGAAAGAUCUCAAGUGCAAUCCGUUCUACGAGGAUUUAGCCGAUUGGGCGACCAACACCAUCACCGUUUCCGAUGUCGACUACAAUGCACCGAAAGAUCCGGAAUACAGACAAAAGUAUCCAAAUCUUAGAUUCCCAAAUUUCCCAGCUGCUCAAUGCGGCAAUGGCCCUCAUAGACGUUUGAUGCCACUCGAGUAUCUGAAAGUUCUCCCAUUCCAAUCUGUUGACCGCCGAGUCCUUGAAGAGUUUGAGCUCACUCCGCGCGCUAAUGCUCCAAAUGAACGCUGGACAACCCUUCAACAUCACUAUGAAGAAUUUGGUUUCAACGAUCAAGUGAUGCAAGAAUUCGGAGUUCAAAUUUGCAACGACCCGUUCCAAAACAUCAGCGAGAUUGACGGUGAAAGAGUUCUCGCUCCGAAAAUCACCUAUGCUGACCCGGUUCAUGUCGAUGACGAAAAGCGCGAUUGGAAGGCUCAGGACAAAAAGUUCGAAACACCAGCAACAAUCCAUCAUCUGGUGUUCGUCUUGGUAGCAGGUUAUUCUCGAAACUUCGAUGCUGAAAUCAAAGCCACAGAGUUCGUCGCUCGUGCUUUUAUGCAAAGAUGCAACGACAAGGGAAUGCGCAUCGAUAACUAUGAAUUGAGAAGUUUUGAAGGAGAACGAAACAGCGAAAACUUCCUAACAUCAGUUUUCAAGAAUCUAGUCACUCACAAUAGAUAUCGGGACCCGUCUUUUAUUCCUUUCGUUCUUUUUGUCUCGGAUGACGUCCCGAAUAUUCAUGAGUGUCUGAAGUUCGAGGAGCGGAUGAGCGAUAUUCCCACUCAACAUAUCCUUCUGAAGAAUAUUAGGAAGAUUCGUGAUAACAUCGAGAAGAAGUCGCAAGGCGGUAGAAGAGCCUACGAUUUGACUCUCGACAACAUUGUGAUGAAAGCCAACGUCAAAUGUGGAGGAUUGAACUACACAGCCGACAUUCCCAGAGACAUUGGAUCUUGGCGAGAGGUGUCGACAUUUGUCAUGGGCAUGGACGUAGCUCACCCGGACAAAAUGGCAACGCGAGAAGGAAGUCCUUCUACCGUGGGCUUGUCUUGCAACUCAGCUGAAAGUCCAUAUUCCUUCGUUGGAGACUUCCUAUAUACUGAUCCAAGGCGUGAAGCUAUCCAGGAUGAGAUUCUCAGGAAGUUCACAGAUCAAAAUGUUCGUAACUUUGCUGAGCGUCGCGGAUUCCCCAAAAGAAUUAUCAUUUUCCGCGACGGAGUCUCAUUCGGAGAAGAAACUGAAGCCUUGCGGGAAGUUAAAAUCAUCGAAGAAACAUGUAUCGCAGCUGCUAAAUCAAUGGGACAUCGUGAUUACGCUCCUAAAGUAUUGGCGAUCGUUGUAAAGAAACGCCACCACACUCGCUUUUACGCGAAAGGAGGUCAUCAUGGAAACAUGCCAACUAACCCGUUGCCGGAUACAUCUGUAGGCGGAGAGAUUGCUGAAUAUGGAAAGCGACAAAUUUUCAUCCAAGCUUUCCGUCCAGUACAAGGUACUGCCAAAGUUCCUUCUUUCUUGAUCAUCCGUGAUGACGAGGAAGUGACAGAUGACCACAUUACGAAAAUGGUUUGUGCCGUAUGCAGCCUCCACCAACUCGUCAAUAGCCCUACUUCCAUUCCAACACCAGUAUAUGUCGCUCAUGAAAUGGCCAAAAGAGGAACUGGCUUGUUCAAAGCCUACAGAUUCAAAAACGGAGAACUUCGUGACUGGGCCACACUCUCUGAUCAACUUUCCUACAGCACACUUGAUCGUCUAUCCAAAGUCCGCGUUGUUUAA